ACCAGAGACGACUUCCUGGGCCAGGUGGAUGUGCCGCUCAGUCACCUCCCGACUGAAGACCCAACCAUGGAGAGGCCAUACACAUUUAAGGAUUUCCUCCUCAGACCAAGAAGCCACAAGUCUCGUGUAAAGGGUUUCUUGAGACUGAAGAUGGCUUAUAUGCCUAAAAAUGGUGGCCAAGAGGAAGAAAACAGUGAUCAAAGGGAUGACUCUGAGCAUGGAUGGGAUGUGGUCGAUUCCAACGACUCUGCAUCUCAACGUCAGGAGGAGUUGCCACCUCCUCCUCUGCCUCCUGGAUGGGAAGAGAAGGUGGACAACCUGGGACGGACUUACUACGUCAACCACAACAACAGGACGACUCAGUGGCACCGGCCGAGCCUGAUCGAUGUGGGGUCCGAGUCAGAUAACAACAUCAGACAGAUAAACCAAGAGGCAGCUCACAGGAGGUUCCGCUCACGGAGGCACAUCAGUGAGGACUUGGAGCCAGAGCCUGUGGAGAGUGGAGACAUUCCUGAG